CAAAACUGAGCAGAGAGGAGGGGCAGCAGAGGCUGGUCGUCUGAGCUUAGGCCAGUCACGAGAGUGUAAACUUCGGACUCCUUCAGACGGGCUGAGCGAGAGGUCAAGAGUUCCAUCCAUCCAUUCAUCCAUCCAUCCAUCCUUGCUCCUGAUCAGAAGAUCCCGGGCACCCGGCAUGGAAAUCCAAUAAGGAGUUUUGUGUUAACAGCAGCAAAUUCCUCCAGCAUCUGAGUUUUCUAUGUGACCGCCUGGUGUGCCAACAUGAAAGACGAUUUUGCCGAAGAGGAAGAAGUUCAGUCCUUUGGUUAUAAGAGGUUUGGUAUUCAAGAAGGAACACAAUGCACCAAGUGUAAAAGUAACUGGGCACUGAAAUUUUCUAUCAUACUUUUAUAUAUAUUAUGUGCCUUGCUAGCAAUAACAGUAGCCGUCUUGGGAUACAAAGUUGUAGAAAAAAUGGACAAUGUUUCUGGUGACAUGGAAGAUUCACGCCAACGAUGCAGUGAGAAGCUUUUAGAAGUGAAGAGUGAUUUAAAGAAACUGGAUUAUCAAGCUGAAGAGAAAGCCAUGACCACAAACACAGAGCUUUCAAGUUUCAAAGCUGAUGUCCUAGCCCUCCGCCAGCAACUUCAUGAGAUUUCAGAAAAAACCACAAAGAACAAAGAGACACUGGAAAAGUUACAAGAAUCUGGUAGCAUGUUAAAUGACAGGCAAAGUCAAAUGAAUGGUGUUUUGGACAGCAACUCUUUCAUGAUCAACAAUAUUAACAAAACUCUUCAAGCUUACAAUGGCUACAUCAGUGAUCUCCAACAAGACACCAAUAACAUUCAAACAAACUUGCAAAGCCAAAUGCACUCACAUAAUGUUGUCAUACUGAAUCUAAAUAAUCUUAACCAGACCCAGGUUCAGCAAAGAAACCUUAUCAGUGCUUUGCAGAGAUCGGUGGAUGACACAAGUCAGGCUAUCCAAAGAAUCAAAAAUGACUUUCAAAACCUUCAGCAGGUUGCCCUCCAAGCACGGAAAGAUACUGACUGGCUUAAAGAGAAAGUGCAGAUUUUACAAGUAUUAGCAGCUAAUAAUUCAGUUAUGACCAAAGCUAAUAAUGAUACACUUGAGGAUGUGAGCAGUCAGUUAAAUUCAUUCAGUGGACAGAUGGAGAAUAUCACUACUAUUGCUCAAGCCAAUGAACAAAGUUUGAAGGAUCUCCAAGAACACUAUAAAGAAUAUGAAAACAGAACAUCUGCCAAAUUUAACCAGCAAGAAGACAAAUUUCAUAGUUUUGAGACAGAUAUCGUCAACAUUAUUAGUAAUAUUAGCUACACUGCUCAUCACUUACGGACACUAACCAGCAAUCUCAACGAUGCCAGGACAACGUGCACAGAUACUCUUAGUAAGCAUAUGGAUGAGCUGAUUUUUAUGAACAACACAUUAGCGAAUGUUCGUUUUGAUGCUACUACUUUAAGGAUGCAGCAGGAUGUGAUGAGGACACGGUUAGAUAUUGAAGUAGCCAAUUUAUCAGUAAUAAUGGAAGAGAUGAAGCUGGUAGAUUCUAAACAUGGUCAGCUGAUUAAAAAUUUCACAAUACUGCAAGGUCCUCCAGGUCCAAGAGGGUCUAAAGGUGACAGAGGACCCCAAGGUCCAAUUGGACUUACUGGGCCCAAAGGACAAAAAGGAGACAAAGGUGAACAAGGACCUCCAGGACCUCAAGGUGAAAAGGGACCAAGUGGCCCACCUGGAUCACCAGGUGAAAAAGGUGGAAAAGGUUCCAGAGGCUCACCUGGAUCUAAAGGCCAGAGAGGUUCAACUGGGAAGACUGGGCUGCCUGGUCCUAGUGGAGAUCCAGGACUCCCUGGACCACCUGGCAAAGAUGGACCCCCUGGCCCACAAGGCCCACCUGGACCCGUAGGUCUUCAAGGAUUUGUUGGUGAACCAGGGAUACCUGGUGCUCGUGGGUUGUCUGGUUUCCCAGGUGUACCUGGACUACGUGGUCUUCCAGGUGAGCCUGGUCCUCCCGGACCACCAGGUCCAGGAAUAGCUAUGGCACUACAAAGUGAAAUUAACGGUUGUCCUGUUUACUGGAAGAACUUUUCAGACAACUGCUACUACUUUUCAAAUGAAAGAGCCGUUUUUGAAGAUGCAAAACUUUUCUGCGAAGAGAAAUCAUCUCAUUUGGUUUUCAUCAAUAGCAAAGAGGAACAGCAAUGGUUGAAAAAACAAGUUAUUGCAAAAGGCAGUUUCUGGAUUGGUCUCACUGACUCAGCGAAGGAAGAUGAAUGGCGAUGGCUGGAUGGUACCCUACCAGAAUACAUAAACUGGAGUGCUGGACAGCCUGAUAACUGGAAACAUGGCCAUGGGCCAGGAGAAGAUUGUGCUGGAUUAAUCCAUGCUGGGCUCUGGAAUGACUUUCACUGUGAAGAUGUUAAUAGUUUUAUUUGUGAACAAGAUGUUGAAAAAGCUCAGCCUCCAGGAUUGUAAUAGGUCGUGGGCCAAGAGACUGACAUUUUCUUUGCAAAGAAAUUAAUCUGGGACUGAACCAUCACUCAAAUAAGAAAAGGAGCACUGAGAACUUUGAUGAAUAAACUUCAUCAGCACAAUUUGUCCUCCACAUUUUCUAAUUUUUCAGGGGCUUUACAACCUGUUGCACAAACAUGUUGGUAGAAAAUGUAAUUGGACAAAACUCCUGUAGAUCUCUUCAGUCUUUAAGCAGAAGGUAUGUUCUGGUAAGAACUAGAAAAUAGCAAGCUGAUUACAAGUUAUGACUUUACUACUCUAGGAAGACAAAAAAAUACAAAGCUACUGUGUAAACAAAGCAGCCACUUGCUAAAUUCCCAAAUAUUGGCAAUUUAUAUAAAUAUACAUGUAUAAAUUUAUAUAAAUUUUAUAUAUAAAUAUAUAUAGUCCAGUUCUGAUCAGUAAUAUAGAAUAUACUUUUUAAAGCUUUUAAAAUUCUGUAUUUUUGUACAAAAUGUUGCCUAUUAUAUUGAUUUAAUUGCUUUUUUAUAUGAAUAUAGUAAAUAGAAAUCAAAGAAAACACCAUUGAUACUACUUAUCAUUCACUCGAAAUAACCGUCUGGAAUAAAUUACUCAUGUAUAAUAACUUUUAAAAUUGAUUUUAGAUGGCAUUUGCAGUCCAUUAUACAAAAAUAUACACAAAGUUACGAUCCAAGGACAACAUGCUUGUUUUUCCAAAAUGGUCCAUUGACCGAACUCCAGGCAGCUGAAAGUCUAGCAAUAGACUUGAAGGAAGUGAUAACAUUGACUAGUAAAGUACAUACUUUACAUAUUGUAUAGAGAAUUCCUGAUUCAGUCUUCCUGAUUCCAAUUAAAAUAAUCAAGUGGUCAGAGAGCUAAAAAUAAUAAUAAAAAAAAGGCUUUGUCGAAAGCCCUGGGAAUUUUUAUUGGCUAUAAUGCAGGGCUUAAUGUAUUAGCUGCUUAACAUGACCUAACAUAAAAUAUGUUUUAUGUUCCUCUUAUUUUCUUCAUGUGUAGGCAAUUUCUAUUGCUGUAAUGGGCUUCAGACCAUUGGGGACUAGUUUAAGUCUAAUAAAAAUUUUAACAAAAAUA